UGAAAACCAGAGCCCUUGCGCUGGAAGAUAUUGUAGUCUUUUCUGUACAAACCUGUUAAAUCAUAGUUGUCUUAACAAAGUUACUCUUGGCAUCAUUAGUUCAAUUAAGAUAGCUUAUUUAUCAAUAAACCACUUCCUCAACCAGUAUGUCUAUUUAGCAGUGUCAGUGUGUAUGACGCAUUUUUCUCUCACCUGGCCUGAGGUCAGUGAACGUCUGGUAUUUACGUACCUUUCGUCGGUGAAUACUCAGUAAAAUUACAUUUCAGUAGGUAAAUGUGGUCAGCAGCCUGAAAUGGCCUUUAACAUUUCCUUCAGGCCACAGCUCGGCACUUGGCGGGCUUUAGGACCCUGCAGAGCGACUCCCGUGAAGACAGCACAGGCAGGAGCAAUGUUAUGGCAGGGUUCACCUGAGCGCUACUGACGAACAACCUUAACCAUUUCACAUACUGUUACCACCACUGUACACAUGUUGUACUGUUGGUAAGUGUGUUGUCUAAGGUGCAGUGGUCGCAGGAAGCUGCGGCUCAUCUCUUCAGCUGCUGAUGGAACACAUCCGACUACCAAAGGUGGAGAAUGUCAGGCUGCUGGACAGAGUCUCUCCCAGGAGGAGUAGGGUGGGCACCCUCUACCUGACAGCUACACACUCCAUCUUUGUGGAGAAUGAGGCUGGAGUGCGCAAUGAAACAUGGGUGCUUCACAGUUUGGUGUGCAGUGUGGAGAAACAGGCCGCCGCAGCCUCAGGAUGUGCUCUCCUCAUUCACUGUAAGAACUUCCAGGUUCUUCAUUUUGUCAUUCCACGAGAGCGAGAGUGCCAUGAUGUUCACCUGUCCCUGCAGCGUCUCUCCCAGCCAGAGAGUUACGCGGAGCUGUACUGUUUCUCCUAUAAGCCUAACGUUGAUGAGGAGGAGAGACGGCAGGAAUGGGACUUCUUGGACCUCAAGGUCGAUUACAGCAGAAUGGGACUCCCAAAUUCCCUGUGGAAACUCUCCCCCGUUAACCGACACUACAAGGUGAGUGACACUUACCCCGCUGACCUCUUUGUACCGGAGUCUGCCACUCCUCCAGUCAUCGUGGGGAGCUCCAAGUUCAGAAGCAGAGGCAGAUUUCCCACUUUGUCAUACUACUCCAAAGAAAAUCAUGCUGCCAUCUGCCGCAGCAGCCAGCCCCUGUCAGGCUUCAGCGCUCGAUGCCUGGAGGAUGAACAGAUGCUAGAGGCCAUCUUGAGGUCCAAUCCCCGCAGUGACUUCAUGUAUGUGGUGGACACCAGGCCUAAGCUGAAUGCGAUUGCAAACCGAGCUGCAGGUAAAGGCUACGAAAAUGAAGACAACUACUCCAACAUCAAAUUCCAGUUCAUCGGCAUCGAGAACAUCCAUGUUAUGAGAAACAGCCAACAAAAAAUGCUAGAAGUGUGUGAGCUGCGUUCCCCCUCCAUGUCCGACUUCCUGGAGGGUCUGGAGAGCUCAGGCUGGCUGAAGCACAUCAAAGCUGUUUUGGAUGCAGGCAUCUUCAUCGCCAAGGCUGUUGCAGAGGAGGGUGUCAGUGUCCUGGUUCACUGUUCAGACGGUUGGGACCGUACAGCCCAGGUGUGUUCAGUGGCCUGUGUGCUGCUGGACCCCUACUACAGGACCCUCCGAGGACUCAUGGUUCUCAUUGAGAGAGACUGGGUCUCAUUUGGACACAAGUUCUCUCACAGAUGCAACCACCUGGUUGGAGACCCUAAGGAGGUGUCUCCCAUCAUCGACCAGUUCUUGGAGUGCGUGUGGCAGCUGAUGGAGCAGUUCCCCUGUGCCUUUGAGUUCAACGAGAGGUUCCUCAUCACCAUUCACAGCCACAUCUACUCCUGCCAGUAUGGCAACUUCAUUGGCAACAACCAGCGGGAGAGGACAGAGCUGGGAGUGCGUGAGAGGACUCACUCUUUGUGGAGUUAUCUGUGGACGAAUCGCACAGACUACAUCAACCCUCUGUACAGGCCCGACCACAGCCAGACUCAGGGGCUCCUGCGGCCAUCUACUGCCCCCUACUGCUUUAAAUUUUGGAGUGGCCUGUACAACCGAUUUGACCGAGGGAUGCAUCCGCGACAGUCUGUAGAGGAUUACCUGAGGGCCAUCCAAGAGGAGACGCAGCAGCUGGAGGAGCAGCUGGCCUCACACAAGCAGAAAAUUGCUCAACUGGAGCAGGAGCAGGUGUGGAGUGUCACCCAGAAAGCAACCACCUUUGACAAGAGCCCGACAGCGUGGGCUCUCAGCAAUGACAUCACUGUGGCCAACACCCCUCAGGACUACACUGGGGGUUUCAUCACCAGCAGCCCCUGUCAACCAAAAGCACCAGACAGCAGCCUAAUCCUCCUGCCCCAAGACCUGAACCAAACAUUGGAAGCCAGCCUCUCCAAUGGCAGCGACCAGGAGUCGGGGAUUGCAGACCUGAGCUGUCGUUCACCCCUCAGCGAGGACAGCACCAGGGAUCCAGACUCAGACGAGGCCGUCUACUCUGUCGCCUGAGCAAAUGUAGCAUGUGGUUGAAGCCACAGCAGCUUCACAGCCACUGAACAAACACCAAUACCUUUGUACUCACCAGGUAAUCCAGCUAUUGGCUGACCUUAGCGAAGAGUCUUGUUCGGGUUACACAGGUGACUUGCACUUUUGUUUGCAUGUAGUGUGGUGUACUCUUCCUGUUACCACAUACAUACUAGUUAAAUGUUUUGUGCUGUAGCUGAUCACAUUUUAUUUCUUUAGACCAGUGAAAGAAAUUCUGAAAGGCUGUACACAGAUGAUGCUUCCAAGGCCACAGACACACUUAAGUAUUGGAGUGAUCUCAGCAGAAAAGAGUUAAAUUAAACGCAAGUUAAGAACAAUUCAGAACAGUUCAAUGGACAUGUAAACUGAGUGUGUAAGUAUGAGACCUUUUUACUAUGAUCUUCCAUACAUUUAAUUUACUCAUUAGGCCUUUGGCUUUACAAACACUUUUUGAAAAAGGAAAUCAUUUUAGGCACACUGAUCUUAAAGGCCACUAAAUAAUUUAAUGAAGUGGGAUAUUAGGACAGGAUCAAACAACAAAUGCAAACUAAGGGAUAAAAAGAGCAGAUGUGUGCAGAAUAUAAGCUGCUGUCACAGUGUAUUAAGAGGAUGAGUCAUCUUUGUUGCAGUGUUUGCACAGAUCGAUCUCCUUAAGUUCCUUUUCUAUUAAGUGUUUUGAUAAUUUUGUCUAAUAUCUGUUUAAAAAUGCUGUUGCACCUUAUGUUCAGUGCUGGUCCACAGGCAGUCUGCGUUAGAGAUUCAGUUGGGCCUGAAAGAGCAGCAGUGAUCCUGCUCUACCCGAAGUGUGGUUCAAAUGGCAAUGUAGCAGCAUUUCAGUCCCAAAGGAGGUGUUAUGAACCAAAGUCACUCAGCACACCACAGUGACCUCAGCUGGGUUUUGGAGACAUUACACUACAAUAACCAGUGGUCAGCUGUGCUGACUGGCACCUUAUGUUCCAAACCAGGGUAUUUCAAUAUAAUACACAAUAUCAUGUUAUAUUAACUCCACAGUAUGUGAAAAUGAGCUUUGAAUUUUUACUGAAGUCAGGAGAGCUGUAUACAUUCCUGCCCAAAAUAUAUCUCAACAACAGAUUUGUUACCAUCAAAUCAAAAUGUUUUACCAAAAGGAAUCAGCUGUCUGCUGGUGUAAAUGGUGCAGAGUACAUGACAGGACACUGAACCAGCAGAUUGGAGCAUGUGAACACAAAUAUUCUGUUGUUUAAGGAAGCAGAUUACCGACUGACUUUUUGAUUAUUUGUUCCACCUUAAUUGUAAAAUUAGGAUUAAAACUACUCACUGUUAUAGUGUAGUACACAUUACUGUAGGUGCACUCCAGUUCUGCAUAUGAACAAUGUACAGAGCAAAGCAUGUUAAGAUAUUUUUGUACUUUGACCUUUUUUUUUGACUACUGUAAUUUUGCUUUGAUGCAUGUUGUUUUUAUUUGUAUCAGAGGCUUUAAAAUGUUUGACCCUGUAUAAAAGAAAGAGCUUUAUAUUGCUGUGUUUAUUUGUUCAGAUGGGAAUAGAGCCAAAUUUAUCAAACUGACCUAAAUGCAAAGUUGUGUCACUUGUGUCCAAGUUCUUGUGAAAUAAAUAAAUACAUCAUUGUCAGUUA